AUGGCCGCAAGAUUCCUUGUAUUUGUUGCUAUUCAAGGAAUAUUAUUACAGUCUGCCUUCAGUCAGUGUAUCAACCGUGUGUUGCCAGGAUGCGGUCCGGGGGUUGUUGAUGGUAUACUGCCAAACCAGUACCUCAUCAGAGAACCUGGCUUGCCAAUCCUACCUGCUAUACCUCCUGCAUACCCCACAGUAAUUCCUGGAUCAAUUUUACCGGAAGGCUUAGGAUAUGCUCCAACCAUCAUCCAAGACAGUAGUGUGGCCAAUAGCCUGGCCAACGCUUUACAGUUACUAGUUGUCAGUAGCCUACUAAGUACUACUUUGCCAGGUGGACCUUGUGACUUGCCCUGCCCCAUCGAAUAUUUGGGCAUGCCAGCUUAUAAUUAUAAUUAUAUUUAU